CCCCCAACGCGAGCUUCCCACCACACCAACGUGUCUGUGCUAGCCAUUUUUCUAAAAUAACUCUAUCUACCAAAGGAAAAGCUUCGUUUGAGUUGGGCAUACACAAAAUUAAGGUUCGAGUGGUGUGUGUCGAUGAAGUAGGAAAGAAAAACUCGGUAGUAGUUUUCAUCAAAGAAGCUGUGUGGUUGUUUCUGGUGUGUAACGGUGAAAGAAAAGUGUCGCCCUUAGGCUUUUUGUGUGUGUUUGAUGCCGAGUGUGUGAUAGCCCUAACUGUUUUGGACACAACACGAGGCGACUUACAGUUAAGUUGGCCAUAUAUUUCUCUAUUUGGGGCCCCACGCUGCCAUCCCAAAAAAGGGGGGAAAAGAAAAAGCUGUUGUCGGAGUUUACUAACCAAAUGGAGAGAACUGGAGUGAAUUGGUAAAGAAAUGUGGCCAACGAAAGUACAAGUUGUUUGACAUUCCCCUCGCUGGAAGGACGUUCGUAAAUCUCAAUUUGGAAAAAAAGGAAAAAAGAACAACAUUUAUUAUGGAGACACUAACGGUGGACAAGGAGUUUGGCAGCGCCAUGGGUGCUCUCUUCCACCAAAUCAUCACCGACAUGAAGGUUGGCGCUCCACUCUGGGAAGAUUUCUUAUCGAAAGCCUCGAAACUUCACACUGCGCUCAAAUCGACGUUAUCAGUCAUCGCCGCCUAUUUGGAUGCCUUUCAGAAGAUUGCCGACUCGGCUACCAACGCCAAAGGAGCUACCAAAGAUAUCGGCACGGUCCUCACGAGAAUCUGCCUCCGCCACAAAGCCGUCGAAGCCCGGCUCAAAACAUUCACCAGCGCCCUGAUGGAGUGCCUGGUUCUGCCGCUACACGACAAACUGGAAGAAUGGAAGAAAAUGGUGGUCAACCUGGACAAAGAGCACUCAAAAGAGUACAAGAAAGUCAGAGCGGAUAUUAAGAAGAGAACGGCGGAGGCUCAGCGAUGGCAGAAGAAAGCCAAAAAGAUCCGGAGUGGAAUGGCUGGAUCGACGAACCAGCAGAUGAACGCCGGCAACACCACCGUUGGCGACCGUCAACUCAACGCCGCCAAUCAGGAGCUACUCCGUGCAGCUGACGCCGCUCAAAUCGACCUCAAUUCACGUCUAGCCCUCCUCCAGGAAACGGAGAAACAGGCCCUGAAAUCGGCCCUGGUCGAGGAGCGCAGUCGCUAUUGCCUAUUUGUCGCCUGCCUCAAGCCCGUCAUGAGUGAAGAAAUGUCCAUGAUGGCUGAAUUGAGUCACCUGGAGGAGAUCAUUACUCAACUGGACAAGCACACGGCUGACCCGUUCUCAUUGCCGUCAUCAACCGAACAAAUGAUUUCCGAGUUGAAGGGCACGACAGACCACAAUCACUGGGCUCUACAGACGCCGCCCAGCAGUCCCAGUUCACUGGGGUCACGCAAGUCUUCCAUGUGCAGUUUGGGUUCGAUCCACAGCUCGUCGAGCGGAAGCGUCGCUUCUCAUUCUCAAAACCAAUUGAUGAAUUCGCCUAGUCAUGCGAUGCAGCAACAGCAGCAACAUAUCCGGCACCGAUCGCUUUCUCAAGUGGCCGGAGUCAACGCCGGAGUGAGACUGUCUAGCGUUUCUUCUCAAGAUUCCGGUUUCACGUCUCAGGACACGCUCGUUCUUUACAGACCCAACUCAUCACCGCCCUCCAAUCAAUUGCUGGCCCAGGAGGUGGUACUGGUUUCUUCCAGCAAUUCCAGCGGAGAGUGUUCGAGUUCCAACAGCAACUCGAGCACGCCCUGCACUCCUUAUCCACCCGGAAUGGGCUCCACUUGGCCAAACCUUCAAGAGACGGUCCAGUUUGAUCGGACGGCCAGCAACAGCAGCCACAUGGUGAUGAUCAACGAGAGGCCGCACACAAUUUCGACGGCCUACGAGAAAGGCCACCACCAAAGAGCGGCCCUCUCCGUCUACACAUUCCAGCCGCUGGAGCAAUACUCGUCGUCGUCGUCGACCACCGGACAAAGUUCGUGCGCCAGCAGCACCGACAAAUUCGACCGGACCAACAAUUCGACGCCAACUGAAUCGCCGGAAUACGAAACGUUGAGACGCUGUCGCGAAUUAAAGGCUGGAGGCAACAACGGAAGCGGGAGCCAGGAGAGUCUGGGAACGGGCGGUAAUCAGAGCACCGCUGGGCGCCCGCCUUUACCGCAGCGCUGCUCGUCGCUGGAACGUCCUGUCGUGCCGCCGCCGACGGCCAAAACCAAACCGGAGAAAGUCAACAAGAAAAACUCUUUACUUUUACAGCAGCAGAAGCAGAAACAGCAGACGGAGGAGAAUAAUCAGCCGGCAUCCUCAAUCUUGCCCGACUUUCAUCAAGCAGCGCCUGAUAUGAUUGUCCCUCAACCGGUUUAUAUGAACGCCAGUGAACUUCGCCAGCAACAACAACAACAGGCGGCCAACUGUGCGAUGAACGGAGACGAUCCGGCUUCUCACGCCAUCUACACAUCGCUGGCAUCGUGCACCGUUUAUGAGGACGGUCAAGCAUGUUCGUGUCAUGGCCCAUCAAGAGACUCGAUGUGGCGCCAUCCUCCGUACCAACAAUCCCUUCCUCUUCCUCCUCCUCCUACGGCUUGUAGUAGUUCAAGGCCAGUUUUGCGCAGGCCGGCCUCAUUUUCAGGUUAUGGCGAUCAAGGAUCGAUGGCCGGAUCGGAUUGGAAUCCCAGGGGUAGUGUGCGCAUGUCGACUAUGAAAAGGACAUCCAUCCCGUCGUUUGCCACUUUGCAUGAAGUCAGUAACGUCGACGAAGCUCAUCACACUGAUGACGUCGUCGUGUGCGCUCCGCCUCAUAUUCCGGAAACGAAUGCGCCCCUGUCAUCAUCCGUUGACGAGAUUGAUUUGGCCGCCUUACCUCCUCCGCCGGAUUUCCUUCUGGAAACGGCCGAAGAAGAUGUCGGGAAUACUGCCGCCACGCCGGCAGCGGGGGCGACGACAGUCACGAAAGAGGCCAUCAUUCCGGAACGCUCGCUGAGCGUGGCUGACGCCGUCAAAACGUUGAACGAAAUACGUCACCAGCCAGCCAGUCCGGGCGUGGUCCGCCGUGCUCAGUCGAUGCGGGUAACUAGCGAUUCAUCAUCGUCUGCUAGUGCUGGUGGUGGUGGUGGUGCUCCGCCGAUGAUGAUUCCGCUGCAAGGGCGUGGCCAUCCGCCGCCCGUAUUGGCUAAAACGCUGGGCACCACGCCCAAAGCUCAGCGCCAUUUGGACCAGCACCACGCCCACCAUCAUCCAACGUCCUCGUUCACUUUGAAUACCAAAAACAUGACGUCAAAAGCCGGGCCGGCCAAUCACAAUAAAACGCUGCCCAAACAUAUGCCCAGUCAUCCUUCAAAUUCCGAUUCCGGCGGCGGGAGUAAAGUCGUUUCUGGAUUGUUGUCCAAGUCGAGUUUCGUCCAUCAGCUGAACGCCAAAUUAGCGCAACAGCAGCACGGGCACUCGCCAGGUGGCCCGGCCGAGUCCAUCUCCCAGCAAUCACGCAACGCUCGCAAUCACCACGACGGGCAGCAACACCAGCAAUCCGGCGGAAGCGAUCAUCACCGCGAAUCGCUCAUGGAUCAAAUCCGUCGUGGCACUUCACUCCGCAGGGCUCGAUCCACUUCCGAUCGCUCAUCCCCCCAUUUUAAACAUUGAGAAAUAACCAAGUACGGUGCGGAAUUAUUUUUUUCAAAUUUUUUCGUUUCUUCUCGUGCGGAUGUGUUUGUUUAAAAAAGGCAGCAGCAGCACAGUCAGGGAUUUACCAAGUGCCACUAGAGCCCCCUAUAACCCACCCAUCCCAUUUACACUUAAUCACCUUUCCUGCCCACCUCCCCUAACUGGAAAUUUAGUUAUUAGGACGGUUUAUGAUUUAAUCUCUCGCCCAAUUUUGUUUGUUUAAUUGCCGUAGAUCUCCGCACGUUUCUACCCCCCUUUAAAAAAAAAAUAAUCCUUUUGGGUUUCAAUGUAAACGUGUCGUUUGUGCGUGUACACAGAAGAGGUGCGCUAUUUCUUAAUCGAUAUAUUAUUAAAACAAAAAUUGUUGAAAGAUGAAAAAUUCUUUCAACUUUUUUUCCAAACUAUUUUUUUCCGGUAAUUGUAGAUUUCUCUUUUUUUUUGGAAACAAUUUCAUGUCUGGUGUAAAACAAGUCUCGUCCUCCUAUGGAAACUGCCCUCCCCCAUCCAUUUAUUCAUAUCCAUUUCACACAUUUUGAUAAAAAUUCGCAUUGGCUUAGAAAAUUUCGUUUUCCAUCAGUCAUGGACAAUUUUUUUUUUACACUCCCCCCAAUCAUCUGUCGUGUUUGUUCUUCAUUUAAAAAAAAAAAGAGGCGGCGUUUAUUAAUUUAAAUUCAUUUUUUUUUGUUUGUCAUCUAAUCGCAAAAUUUCUUUGCGCAUUUAAAAACUAAAUUCAUUUAAUUAUUCCUUUCUUUUUUGCGUGUGUUUCACACUAUGUUGUAUAACCCCGAGUCCACUCCCCCCAUUUAAUUUCACAAAAUUGAAAAAACAAAAAAUACUUACAAAAAAGGAAAACAAAAAAUACAUUGUUUUAUGACAAAA